AUGCUUGGUCGGAUACUCGUCCUCAUCUCCCUAAUCGCCGCUGUGAGUGCAAUUUUCGAGAAUUUGCAGCAGCGCCGGAACUUGCAGCAAAUGAACCCAGUGGCCAGGUCUCGCGUCAGCGCAAGCUUCCGCCAACGACUACAUUUGUUGAACGCGGUUGCGCAAAAGCGAGAAGAGGAAGAGCGAACGAGAACCGACAAAUACCGAAACUGUUUCCUCUCCCCCUGUACAGUGCCGAAUGCCUGCAAAUUAUGGCGAAAAGAACCCGCUCCUCACGGCAUUGCUCCCCCGAGCAAGCCACCUCAACGACGCUCAACUACGAGGGUCCGGAUCUCGUUGUAUGAUCAUGAUAGCCUUCCAUGGGAAUCCGACGACCUGAUGGGACGGACUUACACUGAUAUCGACGGGAAAUUUGUGGUAGAAGGCUGCGGCGACGAUUUCGGGCCUUGGAACGACCCAGAUCCCUAUAUCGUGGUAGAGCAUCGGUGCCCUUACGUUGGGCAUACUGUAGCCAUUACGCAUCGAAAAACUAUUGUCGACGUCUGGAAAACGUUCAUGCCAAUGGAAACAAGCGUCGGCUUGGUACGACUCGACCUGAACCAAGAGGGC